AUGGGAAAUGGCGAUUCCUUCAAUCCCGAUAGAGACAUCCCAUCUCUUGAGGGCAAAGUCAUCCUCAUCACAGGUGGCAAUGGCGGCCUUGGGAAACAAUCUGCCCUAGCUCUGUCGAAACACCAGCCCUCAGAGCUCUGGAUUGCUGCUCGCAGCGCAGAAAGGGCCGAGGUAGCCAUUGCCGAGAUCAAGCAACAGAGUCUCAGAGUUCAUGUUCGGUUCCUCGAGCUGGACCUGACAUCCUUUGCAUCUAUCAAAUCAGCCGCUCAGACUUUUCUCAAUUCCGUCUCACGCCUUGAUAUCCUUUUGCUUAAUGCUGGUAUCAUGGCUUGUCCACCUGGCCAGACUAAGGAGGGGUAUGAGGUGCAGUUUGGCACAAAUCAUAUGGGCCAUGCCUUACUGACUAAACUUCUUCUGCCACUCCUGACCCGCACUGCCUUGUCGUCGCCCAGAAACGAUGUGCGAGUCGUGAGCGUAAGCUCGGUUGCUCACAAGUUCGGCCCCUCAGGCGGCAUUCAGUUCGACACUCUCAAGUCUACUGCCAGCGGAAUGUCAACCACUGAUCGCUAUGGCCAAAGUAAACUGGCCAAUAUUCUCUUCAUAAGAGAGCUCGCCGCACACCACCCUAAGCUUACUGCAGCGUCGAUCCAUCCUGGGACCGUCAAGACAGACUUGCAGAAGUCAAAUGAUGGGAGCUGGAUGAUCAGUGCAUUCCAAAGGCUUGUUGUUCCUCUCGUUGGAGUAAGUGUAGAAGAAGGGGCCAAGUCUCAGCUGUGGGCGGCCACAGCCAAGGGAGUUCAGAACGGAGAGUAUUAUGUUCCCGUCGGUUUAUCGGGAAACGGGAGUCAGUUGUCUAAGGACAAAGUCUUAGCAAAGAAGCUGUGGGACUGGACUGAGAAGGAGUUGGCAUCACAUAUAUAA